AAAGCAAUGAAAACAGCAACAAAAACCGAGAAAAACUGCACACGCACUCGCACAAAUGCCAACAACGUUCAUCGGACAAAGACGGCGAUGUGAAAUGGGUGAGCGCAGUCAGAAAUUCUUUUAAUUAGUUUUAAUUGCAGUAAAAUUGUGAAAAAACGCGGUACAGUAAGCUGAAUUUUACCUAUUAUUUGGCGAAAUUCUAAAAAAUAAAGUUACGUUUCGCGAAGAAAGUUAAAUUCGGGCUAUGGGCGUGUGUGACUGCAUAAGCGACUAGCUGGCAGCUUGAAAAUUUUAGACAGCGAAGUUGGCCUUGCACCCCUACCCAAUUGUUGCUUAAGUACGUACAUACACCAAAUGUGUAAGCUAUUUUCCCGCUCGUACAUACAUGUGAAAUGUAAUAAUUAAGGGGCGGAGUACGCGUCGCUGCCGUGGUGCGUCUGCUGGAGACCACCUUUUUUUCGAUGGUUGUAUCAAUAGAAGGUCUCGUCCUUGGCGAAUAACUGGUGUUCAGUUGAGUUCAGUUCAUCAUUCAGUUGAGUAUUCGCUCAUCAUUAUCAGUUCUGUGGUCAGGCCGUUUGUUUUUGAGUUUGUUGUUUUUGUCGUUGUUGUUGUUGUUGUCGAGGUUUCCACUACAAAUUGUAAUGUGCACAAAUUGAUUCAGCGACACAGGCAACGGACCACAGGCGACCGACCACCAACCAAACAAAAAACUGAGGUUUUGUUCUGAUUUCAGUAUCAAUUCGAAGCGGUCCGUCCAACGCCCGCCCCAAUGACAUACACAGCUACUUAUUCAUAUCAACGUAUCAUUUUCAAAACGCUCUAAUGCAAAACGAAAACAGAAAAUUGAAAAAAUAACACUAAUCGCCAAAACACCCUCUUCGUAGAGCAGGAAAAAAAAUAACUUAAUCGCUUGUAAAAAAGUUUUCACAAACCAGUAACUGAAAAUGUACAGCAAAUAAAUCAUCGACGACACGAGUCACUUACAACUAAGCAAAUAUACCUACAUACAAAUAUAAUCGCAUGAAAGCUUACAAAUAAAAUUUGGUGUUGGUUUUGAAAUAAACAACUGCUUGAAGUGAAAUUAUGCGGUCAAGUAAAUUAUAAAACUAAGUGGAAGGAAUAAAAAUCGAAAAAUAUUCAAUUAGCUGCAAGUCGCAGUGGUGAAAGAGAGACUCAUCCCUACAUACAUACAAACAUAUAUCCAUAACUUUAUCCCAAUGUAACAUAUUAUUAAAACAUUUACUAUUUCCCUUAAAAAAUAACUGUUAAAUUUCAAAAGCGUAUGAACCUUGCAAUAAGUCUAAGCUUGUGGUGACGGUGCUUCUAAAAAUUAGAGCUGAAAAUAAUUUGAAAUAAAGUAUUUUAUAAUAAAACGAUUAUUUCUUAAAAAACAACAAAAAAUGCACAGUCGGCACUCUGUUUCCAAAGAAGAUGUCGCUUCCGUGCACACCGACAGCGGUAUUUCGCUUUCGUCACCGCCAGCGGCGCGAUCAGAGCAAGGCGAGGGUGAGGAGCCGUCAGAAUCGGCGGCAAGUACCAAGAAAAAGCAAGUCCGACGACGUGUUAGUGAUGUGAAAGCUACAAAAAGGGCGCACAAACGCAAACCAGUAUGUGGAAAGGUAGCGCCAGCGGCUAAAACGCAGAAAAUAGCGAAAUCAGCAAAUUCAGCAGCGCACGAAAGCAAUUCAGUGCUAUCUAAAAAUGAUUCAGCACUGGCAGCCGUACAACUGGAGAGCCAAAAGGAGCAGGCGGAACAUCAAGCGACCAAUUCAGCACUUGUUGACAGCACAACUACUAGCAUAACAUCUAAAAUAUAUGAUCCAACAUUAGUGGUGGAUAAAUCUGUAGCAACUUCGGAGAAUUCCAUUUCCGUUGUCAUUUCAGCGUACUCCGAAAUAGAUAUCAUACCAACAGCAGCCGAUAUAUCGGACAUAGCGCAUUCAACUUGUGAUUCCGCAAUAUCGGCGGGCGAUUUAGCUUCCGUAUCUACGCCAGCGCCAGCAACUACGACGACGAAAAGACGCACGCGCCAAACGUACAUUUGUCUUGUAUGCUCCAAGCAAUUUCGUGGCAGAAAUGAUCUGCGUCGUCACAUGCUCAUCCACUCCGACGAGCGUCCGUUCAAGUGCGAGCAAUGCGGCAAGUGCUAUAGACAGGCGGUCAAUCUUCGAAAUCACAUCGCCUCCGCACAUGAGAGCCAUCGGCAGUUCGCCUGCCCGCAGUGUCCGAAAAUGUUCGCUCUGAAGGGCCGAUUGCGGCUGCACAUGCGACUGCACUCAGGCGAGAAGCCAUACGCAUGCACACAAUGUGAGAAGCGCUUUGCGCGUGGCGGUCAUCUUCAACAACACAUCAUUAGCCAUCACAAGGGUAGCACGAAGCAAUAUGUUUGUGAGAAAUGCUCCACCGCCUUCUCGUCGGCCUCAAAUUUGCGUGCACACAUGGACCGCCACGAAAAUGGACCCGAUCACUAUUGCGAGAUUUGCAAGGAACACUUCCCCAAUGAGCCGGUACUGCGGGCACACAUCAACAAACUGCACUACGAGUUGGGCCAGUUCGAUUGCGAGAUCUGCAAGAAGACGAUAGAGGAUGACGCCCUUGCGCAUCACAUGAAGAUGCACACGAAUGUCAAGACCCACAUCUGCGAGGUGUGCAAGGCGUACUUCAUGCAAAAAUCGCAGUACAAUGUGCACAUGCGCAUGCAUACAGGCGAGCGGCCGUAUCAGUGCAGAAUUUGCUGGCAAACUUUUGCCUACUCGAGCGUCCUGAAGCUGCACAUACGCAAGCAUACGGGCGAAAAACCGUUCCAGUGUUCGCUGUGCAAGGAUGUCGUCGCCUUCUCACAGCUGGCACAUUUCAAGACACACAUGAAGAAAAUCCAUAAGCAAACCAAUCCCUACAUGUGCGAAGGCUGUCAGCAGUUCUUCAAAGUCAAGGCAGAGCUACAGGCGCACAUGCAACAGUGUGGCAGCUGCAAUGUCGACGUGGAACAGCAGAAUGCACAAAAUAACGAUUUGCAAACGCUCACACACCUACGCUUCCUCAUGGCGUUGCUGCUGAAGAAAAUCUCAUCGCCGCAAAAAUUGCAGCAGUUGGGCUACGAGAAGCGGCUAAUCGACAAUGUUGUGGUAGCUUCGUUGAAAUUGGCCAAUCGCAAGGCAUGCGAGGAUCCGGCGUUGUCGCCAAUCGCACGUAUGCGUCUGAAUGUUGAGGAGUUUCUCAAUUGGAUCGUGCCGGCGCAGGCGAUGGAAACAUUUCGCCAGGAGCAACAAUCAGUGGAGAGCUUAUUGGAUAAAAUUGUUACCAUGUACAUGAAGCAUAAAUGAUUGUGCGGAGUUUUUUUUUUCGAACGGCUGCUAUUUGUAGUGAGUUUUUUUUGCAAAUAAUUUUUGAAUGUGCCAUAAGACAGCGACGGAAGUGCCAGCCAUUGCCCUGCGAGCUUUUGCGGCGAAUUAAUU